UCAUGGUACUGCAUCUCUCUUGAAUUUUUGCAGGUCAAUAUUCACCAGGUUUUCUACUAAAUCAAUUGGAUUAUAUAUUGAGAAAGAUGAGGCCUAUACUUGAAAAUCCUGAAGAAAUGGGAAUUGGGGAUAUCACCCUCAUUUCUUCCUCACUUCUACAGGUGCUACAGAGGCUAGAGAUGUCCCUGACCAUGCUAAGAGAUGCAGAGCUUCAUAAAUUGGGAGAUCCAUCAAAACAUGAGUUUCUUGAACAUCAACCUCUAUUUGAAGGUCUAGGGAAUAUAUUGGAGGCCAUUGCUUCAUGUGUUUCAGAAGCAACACCUUUGAUUCAACUACCACUGCAAGGUCAUGAAAGAGAUGUGGCACUUGAUAUCAUAAACUCAAUCUAUGAUAAUUCAGUUGCACUAAGCAACAUCUCCUUGCUAUUUGAAACUAUUGAAAUGGCAGGGCGACCACAUGAGGAUCCACUUCUUUCCGUUCAUACUUAUCAUGAGAUUGUACAGCCUAAGCCUGGAAUAGAUCAAGUGUCAUCCAUGGACACCAAGAUUACUGAAGGAUCAAUUUCUGAAGCUUCUAAUACCUCAGAGGUAUGUAAAAGCUUUCACAAUCUACCUCAACAUCUAAAGAGAUGUGUUAUCUACACUUGCAUUCUAUUUCUUGGAGAUUAUGAAUUUGAGGAGGAUACAUUGAUCCAGUUAUGGAUUUCCGUGGGUUUUAUACGGACGGGACAAGAGCAACUAAUGGAGAGAGGUCGAAUAUACUUCCAAGAGCUUCACAGACUUUCUAUUUUUCAAAUGUCAUCUAUUGUUUGUGAAAAUUAUGAGUCAACAUACAGAGUUCAUAAGGAUGUCUAUGAGCUAAUAAAACAAUAUUGUCCAAAUGAAUAUUCUAUGAUGGAUGAAGGUGAAACAGAUAAGAUUUCUCCAGUGACUUUGCAUUCCAUGUUGUUGCUUGAUGACAAAAUUUGCAAAAGCUUUGAUAUGAAAAUAUUUGAAAGGUUUCAUGAAGCAGAGUUGUUACGCACACUUAAAUUGCGGAUUGAGUUUGGAAGCUCCAUCAAGCACAUUCCUCACAAUUUGUUUGUGAAAUUGAAAUUCUUACGAGUGUUGGAUUUGAGUUCUACAAAAAUCAAGGAGUUGCCAACCUCUGUUUGCAAAUUGAGACAUUUACGAUACCUUGACGUCUCUAGCACUCGAAUGAGAAAGUUGCCGGAAUCACUGAGUAAACUCUAUAAUCUAGAAACAUUGAAGCUUAGAAAUUGCUCAGACCUUGUUGUAUUACCCAAUGAAAUGAGUAAGCUCAUCCAUCUUCAGUAUCUCAAUCUGGAUGGAGUGCAUCAAUUGACUUCCAUGCCUCCAAGAAUGGGGCAGUUAACUAAUCUACAAACACUGAGCAUAUUCGUUGUGGGAAGACAGGAAGGAUUUCGGAUUGAAGAGCUGAAAUAUAUGAAGAAGCUUAGAGGGUCACUUUGCAUAGCAAAGAUGGAGAAUGUUACCAAAGAUCAGGCUAAUGAAGCUCAAUUAGGUGACAAAGUUGCAAUUAACAAAUUGGAGUUCCAAUGGAGUUCAUCACAACGUAAUGGUGAGAUGGAAUUUAUUCUUAUUGAGCCUCAUCUUUCAAUUGAGCAGUUAAAGAUAACAAGGUAUGGUGCUGAGAGCUUUCCAAACUGGUUGUCUUCGGAAAAAUUCUAUAGACUUACAGUUAUCAACCUAAGAAACUGCAAUUGCACCUAUCUUCCGGAUCUUGGAAGACUCCCUUCCCUCAAGUCAUUGUACAUGCAUGAAAUGCAUUUAUUGAAAGAGAUCAGCCAUGAGUUUUAUGGUGCUUUCUUGAAAUUAGAGGCACUAAAAUUUGAUGGAAUGCCCUGUUUGGAGAAAUGGACAGCAAUCAAGGAAUAUGACAUGCCUAGUCUUCGUGACCUUACUAUCAUCGACUGCCCAAACCUGGUCACUCUUCCAGAGUUCAUGAAGCUCAAGUCUCUUAAAAAUUUGAGAAUUAUACUUUGCCCGGAAAUCCAAGCUUUCCCAGGAGAAAGGCUGCCAGAAAGUCUUCAAUCAUUGACUAUUAUGGAAUGUGUGAAACUUGAAGAACAAUGUCAGAAGGGAAAAGGCAAAGAAUGGUUCAAGAUAGCAGGCAUUCCUGAAAUAUUGAUCGAGUACCAACAGAUAUCUGGAUCAGAAACUAGUGAAAAUCCAAUCACAGACCCAGUAACUGAGGACUAAAAGGAAUCCAAAUUUAGCAAAGGGACCUCUACAAUUUUUAUGAGUGAUAUUACUUCCACCUCGGCUGAGAGACAAGGCGACAUUGAUCCAAUGAUGUAUGAGGAAGCAACCUCAUUACUAAAAUCGUGGCUGUUCUCAAGAAUAGAUGAAUGUGCAAUUUGUCACUUGCCAAAGUAGAUUGCUGCUGUUAUUGCUGGGCAAUUAUUCUCUCGUGUGUUCGGACCCAAAAACAAAAACAAAAAAUCUCUAUUGUGUAUUUUCUUUUUAUAUGUUUUUCCUUUUAGAAUAUUUGUGAGAGUGGUAUUGUGUGUUCUACCAAAAAAAAAAAAAAAGAGUUGUAUGUUUCCUUUAGAGAAUAUUUGGAUUUUCUUGCAUGUACAUCUCUAUGUGUGUUUCCUUUUCGAGACUAUUUAUGAGAGUAGUACUGAGUGUGAGAUUCCUUUUAAAGUGGAAGUGGUGAUGUUCAGUGUUGGGAAUGGUAAGAGGUGCGAGUUGUAAUUUUUUUUUUUUUUUGUUAUAGUAAAGGAAGCUGCGUGUGAUUGUCCUGUGGAUGUAGGCCACCAUGCCAAACCACGUAA